AUAUAGAAAAUUUAAAAAAAUAUUUAUAUUUCAUUGAGUGCAUAAUCUACAUUUCAACAUUCUAUGAUUGAAGUUCGGGCAUGUGGUGGUGUACGAGUACGGAAGCUCCUUCGAAAAGCUUAUAAAGGAGUUUCCUCCACGUUUUUGGUUUUGACAGACAGGUAAAUAUUUUACCAUCAUGCCACCAAAAAAAUCAAUGGAGGAAACUGAUCGAUUGACUCGUAUUGCUAUUGUCAAUUCUGAUAAGUGUAAACCAAAACGAUGCAGACAAGAAUGCAAAAGAUCUUGUCCAGUUGUAAGAAUGGGAAAACUUUGCAUAGAAGUUAAUCCAAAUAGUAAGAUAGCAUCAAUAUCCGAAGAACUAUGUAUUGGAUGUGGUAUAUGUGUCAAGAAAUGUCCAUUUGAGGCAAUAUCUAUCAUUAAUCUUCCUAGUAAUUUAGAAAAAGAAACUACACAUCGUUAUUCAAAGAAUUCAUUUAAACUACAUAGACUGCCUAUUCCAAGACCUGGAGAAGUAUUAGGUUUAGUUGGAACUAAUGGAAUUGGAAAAUCAACUGCUCUUAAAAUUUUAGCAGGCAAGCAAAAGCCCAAUUUAGGUCGAUUUUCUGAUCCACCAGAUUGGACAGAAAUAUUAAGUCAUUUUAGAGGUAGUGAAUUGCAAAAUUAUUUUACCAAAAUUUUGGAAGAUGAUUUAAAAGCUCUUAUUAAACCUCAAUAUGUAGAUCAAAUUCCUAAAGCUGUAAAAGGCACUGUACAACAGCUUUUAGACAAAAAAGAUGAGUGUAAAAAUCAAUUAGAAAUUUGUGAAAUGUUAGAUUUAAUGCAUAUACGCGAUAGAGGUAUUGAUGCACUUUCUGGUGGAGAACUUCAACGUUUUGCAUGUGCUAUGGUAUGCAUUCAAAAUGGAGAUAUUUUUAUGUUUGAUGAACCAUCUUCAUAUUUAGAUGUAAAACAACGUCUUAACGCAGCUUUGACGAUUCGAUCUCUUAUUCAUCCCGAUAAGUUUAUAAUAGUAGUGGAACAUGACUUAUCGGUUUUAGACUAUUUGUCUGAUUUUAUUUGUUGUCUUUAUGGUGUUCCUGGAGCAUAUGGUGUUGUUACUAUGCCCUUUUCUGUUAGAGAAGGUAUAAAUAUUUUCCUUGAUGGUUUCGUGCCAACAGAAAAUUUAAGGUUCCGUGAGGAAUCUCUCGUAUUUAAAGUCGCAGAAAGUGCAACAGAAGAAGAAGUCAAACGCAUGAAUCAUUACGAAUAUCCUGCGAUGACGAAAACAAUGGGCUCUUUUAAAUUAAAUGUUGAAAAAGGUCAAUUUACUGACUCAGAAAUUCUUGUGUUACUUGGUGAAAAUGGAACAGGAAAGACAACAUUCAUUAGAAUGUUAGCUGGUAACUUACCACCUGAUGAUGGAUCAGGAAGUAUUCCUCAAUUACAUAUUAGUUAUAAACCACAAAAAAUUAGUCCUAAAUCUCAAGGAAUUGUUCGUCAGUUAUUACAUGAAAAAAUUAGGGAUGCUUAUGUUCAUCCCCAAUUUGUAACAGAUGUUAUGAAACCACUAAAAAUAGAUGAUAUUAUGGAUCAGGAAGUACAGAAUCUUUCAGGAGGAGAAUUACAACGAGUGGCUUUAGCUUUAUGUCUUGGAAAACCUGCCGAUGUUUAUUUAAUUGAUGAACCUUCUGCUUAUUUGGAUUCUGAACAACGUUUAGUUGCUGCUAAAGUAAUAAAACGGUUCAUUUUACAUGCAAAGAAAACAGGAUUUGUAGUAGAACAUGACUUUAUCAUGGCUACAUAUUUGGCUGAUCGUGUAAUUGUAUUUUCUGGUACUCCAUCUUUAGCAACUACAGCUCAUAGUCCACAGUCUUUAUUAAAUGGAAUGAAUAGAUUUUUAGAACUUUUAGGUAUUACGUUUAGAAGAGAUCCAAACAAUUUCAGACCAAGAAUUAAUAAAAGUCAAUCUGUAAAAGACUUGGAACAAAAAAAAGCUGGGCAAUACUUCUUCCUCGAAGAAUGAGAUAUGAUCUCAUCUAUAAGUUGAAUAGCAGCUGGUAUAAAAUACUGUUAAGAAGUUUUUGUAAAUCUUUAUACGUUUAAAAGCCGGGAAUGGAUUUCUUACAAUAUAUUAAUAACGCAUGUUUUGCGUUGAAUCGAAAUAUUAUUUCAAUAUGUCCAUUUUUUUGUUUAUGCGAUAUUUAUUUAAAUAAAUAAUCUAAAUAAUCUCUUGAUAACAAUCUCAAUAUAUUAAAAAUUUUAAUUUAAAGAGAAGUGCUAUCGUAUUUUUAUAUGAAAAAUGAUCCAACAAAUUUAUUUAUACUCAUCAAUAUAUAUCACAGUUUGCAUUUUCAACACGAUAUGUAAACAAUAUAUGCAUUUUUUGUAUAAAUAAUUUAUGUCCGAUUAUGUAUAACAAAUUAAACGAGAUUUGAACAUCUCGUAUAUGUAUAUGUACAUCUGCUAUGCAACAUGAAUUAUAAUACAUCUGGAAUAUAAAA